AGCCGCAGCUGAGUUUCGUAGCGCCGCUUAUCUGCGCAGUCCGUCGGCGACGAGCUUAUCGCGGGCGCUGACGUCGUCUUAUCAGCGUCCAACGUGGCUGCCCCGUAGCCGCCACCUCUCCUUCGCGUCUCCGCCAGCAGGAAGAAAGCCGUGCUUGGGCUCCCGCAGCUGCCACUGAACACUGCCCGUCAAAUCAUUCGCGGGCCCGAGACACGUUAUACGCUGUGUUAUUCGCCAGGAGGCGAAACUUGCGAGGAGGGGAAAACAAAGGCCCGCCGCGGAGUCCUUGUUUCUGCGUUUGGCGGUGUGCGUUCAUCGUGCUUUUUUUUUUUUCUUUCGGUGCGUCGUGAUGCGGUCGACGCUCGUUUCUGCGGCCGCUGGCCGGACACCGGUGCUCGCUGCGCUGUGCCUGACGUGCGUGGUCGUGAGCUGCGUUUUCCCGAAGGCGGCGAUGGCGACUUCCGGUGACGGCGGCGACAAAGUAGCCGAAGUGCGACGGAAAUUCGGAACGAGGGAUGUAAUCCACGAUAUCGAGCACCUCAAAGAAGAUCUGAAGACGAUCACAGACCUGCAAAUCGAGGGCAAGCUGACGGAAGACGAGACUAUAUUUUACUUCCUUCGCAUGCACGACUUCGAUGACAACAACAUGCUUGACGGCUGGGAGCUGCUAACCGCGAUGAAGCACAUGGGGGCGCACGGGCAUGGCAAGGAGGAAGCAGAGACCGGAAUCAGUGAGACAGUUGAGGCCGUGGACGCCCUGAUGCACUUUGACAAGAACAAUGACGGAUUCCUGGAGUACGCUGAGCUUCGCUCUUCCUCUGACGAACCAUAGAAGGCGCCCGCGUGACGACAAGCCCACGGUGUCAUCGUUUCUCCUCCAUGUUGUGAUUUACAGUAUUCAAGAAUGGCGUGGUCACGGCAUGCACUUUAUGGGGGCGUCAUCCUAACAACGGAACGCGUCCUCACUGAACCGAGCAUCUGAUGUCUCCAGGUUGUUUAAGAUACCCUACGUGGAUUAGAAAGCAAGGAGCGAGCUGGGCAGCUCUGGUGGUUUUAAACCCCCCGUGUACUGAGCAAGUGGUUGUUUUAUAUCUGUUUAACGUAACCGCCGAAUGAAGUUGAUUCUUUAGCGAGUUUUCAUAACCUUUUAGUUUCUAAGGUAUUUGAGAUAAGUUUCAAGCUGUAGAUCGUCGGAACCCAUCACAGUUGUUCAUUCAUUUAAAAACAAAAUCUUCAUAGUGGCGUUAAUUAUCAUUCAGGUAACCAAAAGCGUUCCCAGCGGCGUGAUCACCACAAAUUUUUUCUCAGGCAUUCACGUAUGCACGUGCAGAGUCUUUCACUUAACUUGGGCCAAACUUUAAAGAUGUGCAAAUGCUACAUAGCUGGACAGAACCAAUGUAAUGUUGUUUGCCGUCGCUUGUAGAUACUCGUAUUAUUUUUAGCAUUUCACCUAAUUAGGUAAUUAGUCAUAUUUUGUCAACUUAAUUAUUAUAAUAAGCUGACAAGUGUCAAUGAGAAAAUUGUUGAGCAACAUGAAACUCCCGAUACAGCUUUCUGUUUCUCAAUACGUGCGACAUAAAAGUGUUUCACGCUCGGAACAGCUUUCAUGUAGCACGUAUUGAAAAACAAAGCUGUAUCUGGAGCUUCUCAUGUUGCUCUACAAUUUUCUCAUUGACACUUCUUAUCUAAUUGUAAUAUGUGAAGUUAAUUAAGACUAAUUAUCUAAUUAGGUGGAAUGUAAAAAAAAAUAAUCUGAGUAUCUUCAAGCGACAGCUGACAUUAUCUUGGUUCUGUCCAGCUACGCAACAUUUGCAUAUUUCAAAUGUUUGGCCCAAGUUAUGUGAAACACCCCGUAUAAUCCCGAUACAAAGACAAUUCCACUGUCACCACCUUUUGCAUUAGUUUCUGCCACAUUUUUUGUGCAACUACCAUCUAAACUUUUUCAGCGGAAGCUUCAAAAUAAACAUUUCAUGGUUUC